AUGUCUGGGGUUGCGCGACAACGUCUACAGGCUCUAAGCCAACAGCUUAACGAAGGCAUUGCUGAUGAAGGCACCUUCGAAGGAAUUCCCCGAGUUCGCCAUGUUGCUUCUGACUCUAAAGGCCUUCGGACCAAAGACAAGGUGGUAAUCAUCACCGGGGCAAACUCACCAAACGGAAUUGGCCGCGCUAGCGCGCAUCAAUUCGCCAAUAAUGGGGCAAAAGCAGUCUACAUCUGCGACUAUAGCGACAGUCAUCUUCCAACCCACAAGCGAGAGAUAGAGUCUCUCUACCCUGGCGUGGAUGUGCACACCCGGCAAUUUGAUGCUGGGGACGAAAAAGCUGUAGUAUCAGUCAUUGACGAUGCCCUAGCCAAAUACGGUCGAUUGGACAUCUUCUUCGCCAACGCCGGAAUAGUUGGACAGCCCAAAGUAUUCACAGAUAUCGACGGUGAUGAUUUUAUGAAGACCAUGAAAACCAAUGCUUUUGGUGUCUUCCUAGCAACUAAGCAUGCCGCACCGGCAAUGAAAGUAACUUCGGCAUCUAAGCCAUACUCAUCCGGCUCCAUUAUAUGCACUGCUUCUGUAGCUGGGCUUAGGUCUAACGCUGGCUCAACCGAUUACUCUGCUUCUAAGGCGGCAGUGAUCUCUAUCGCGCAAACAUGCUCGUACCAACUCGUGGGCACCGGGAUUCGGAUUAAUGCCCUCUGUCCUGGUAUAAUCGAGACGGGUAUGACGCAGGCUGUAUUCGACGCAGCGCGAAAACGAGGGACGGAGCGCAAGAUUGGACAGUUGAAUCCACUUCAGCGGGGUGGUGUUGCUGAUGAGGUCGCACGCGUGGCGCUAUUCCUGGGAAGUGAUGAGAGUAGCUAUGUUAAUGGACAGGCGUGGGCUGUGUGUGGCGGUUUGACUGCUGGACAUCCUUUUGUUCCUGGUAAACUAGCUUGA